AAGUAUAGCGCACCCAACUAUCAUUCAUCCCCAUGCCCUGAUCCCACCCACCACUUGCCAUCUUCUAGCCCCUCUCUCUCUCUCUCUCUCUCCUCUGCUUUUACUAUCUCCAAACUCUGUUCAAUACCACACUCCAAUCUUUGCUCUCCACUUUCACUUCCAUUUCUCUCUCUCUAGAAAAUCACCAUGUUUGAUGAUUCUGUAUCUACUGUCUAUUCUUCAAUCUGGGCAUCCAUGAAUAGCUGGUUCACUCCCACUGUUCUUUUUGUUCUUCUCAAUGUUAUGAUAGGUACCAUUGCUUUUACUUCUUCCUUAGCUAACCAAAAACAUAAUCAUCCAAAACAACAACAAGACAACUCACAUCAACAGGAAGAUUACUCACAAAAUCAGCCUCAACAACAACAGCCCACUAAACUUGUGAGAUCUCCUUCUCUUCUUCAACGCAUCAAAUCCAUUAAUUUCUCCAAUUACAGAUCUCAAGAACCUGUUAAGGAUUACAGCUUUGAACAUCCCCAUCCCCAUCAACAAGAAACCCCACCAUUCGAACCACCAACACAUUACAUAUUUGAACCAGCUCCUGAACAUACUACCGUAGAACCAGACACCACCACCCAGUAUAUUUUCAAUCAAGAGAAGAAUGUCCAAAAGGCACAAACCCAGUACGAUUUCCAGCAAACCCAUCAGGAAAAUCUCCCAGAUACACAGACCCAGUACCUAUUUCAGCACACCCAUGAGCAAAAAUUCGGAAAUAUGGAACCGGAUUUCCAUUUUGAAGAAACCCUUCCAGAAAAAUCGAAAUCGACCCAGUUCAUUUUCCAGCACACCCAUGAACAGAAACUUAAAAAUAUGGAGACCCAUUUCGAUUUUCAGCAAAUCGAAGAGGAAAAUGAAGAUGAUGAAGAAGAGGAAGGCGAGAUGAAGAGCUUGGAUGAAGUGUACAGUCAGUUAAGUGAACGACACGUGAGCAGGAGCAGAUCAGAUACGAAGCCGUCAGCAGGUGAAGCUCCGGUGAAGUUGCCGACGAAGAUGAAGAAAUCAGCUAGUAUGAAAUCGCCAUUUGCGCAUUUUGAAGAAGAAGCCAUCGUAGAAGCUCGGCGGCCGGCGACUACAAGGGAGAAGAAUGCUAAAACAAGCAAUGAAGACAAUGAAGUCGAUGCAAAAGCCGAUGAUUUCAUCAACAAAUUCAAGCAACAGUUGAAGUUGCAGAGGUUAGAUUCCAUUCUCAGGUACAAGGAGAUGAUUGGCAGAGGUAGCUAAAGGUAUAAAUUUCUGGGGGUUAAUUUUCAGUUUCUAAUUAGUUUUUGGGGCAAACUGUAGAAAUUGGAAAAGUAAGAUCCAAAUGUUGCACCUUUUGGUCAAUUGUCUUGUCCUUGAAAUUUGACAAAUCAAGGGUUCUAUCGAAGGGCAUUUUAGUAAUUCAACUUAUGCCACAAAUAUAUGGUUUGUGAUGUCUGAAAAAAUGUGGAGAGAGAUUUUUUUAUGGGUGUUGUUAGAGCUAAUUUCAGUGUAAUGUGAAUUUAGUCCACAUUUUAAACUUUAUGUUCAAAUAGGUCAUCUUAUUUUUACUUUCCUUCAACAAAUAGCCCCAAAGAAAAUCUCCAUUUUU